AUGCAAUGGAAUCCAGACACUGUGCACCUGACGGUGCACAGUGCUUCUCACCGACCCUCUUUAUCUGUCGACGGCGAGACUCUACGUACUCGUUCCGGCUCUUUCGCUUCCAGUGCAGAUACAGUAGUCCGCUCAAGAGCGGGUUCCAGUGUCAGCCAUACUGCACACAAAGAACCUACGCACCAAGAGAAUAUCUACGAUGAUGUGCCCUUAACAGAAGCGUUAAAGCCAGACCCACGUACCGAGGCUGAUUUUAAGGUCGAGGGCAACCGGUUUGCCUUCUCACCUGGUCAGCUUAAUAAAUUACAGAACCCCAAGUCCCUCGCUGCCUUCCAUGCUCUUGGUGGCCUGCAGGGGUUGGAACGGGGUCUGCGGACUGAUCUGACUGCUGGUCUUUCUGUCGAGGAAGGUCGGUUAGAAGGGACUGUUGAUUUCCAGGAGGUGACACCUCCGCUUUAUAACGAGAGGCCUCCGGUGUGCAAGGCGCAAAAAGAAGAGGUACCGGCACCAAUCUCUGCUGCUGGCAGUGAAGGUACACCGUUCGAGGAUCGGAUAAGGGUGUUCAGUCAGAAUAAGCUUCCUGCUAGGAAAUCUACCGGGUUCUUGAAACUCUUUUGGAUUGCUUAUAAUGAUAAGAUCAUCAUUCUUCUGACCAUCGCGGCGAUUGUCUCAUUGUCACUGGGGAUCUAUGAAACAGUGAGCGAGGGUUCGGGCGUCGACUGGGUCGAGGGUGUGGCGAUUUGUGUGGCGAUUCUCAUCGUCACAGUCGUUACUGCUGCGAAUGACUGGCAGAAGGAAAGGCAGUUUACCAAGCUCAAUAAACGCAACAAUGACCGCGAGGUUAAAGCUACUCGCUCCGGAAAAGCAAUGAUGAUCUCGAUCUAUGAUAUUAUGGUCGGCGAUGUCCUACACCUCGAACCUGGAGACUCCGUCGCUGCCGACGGGGUCUUGAUAUCCGGCCAUGGCAUUAAAUGCGAUGAAUCGUCUGCCACCGGUGAAUCCGAUCAAAUGAAGAAGACUGAUGGACAUGAAGUCUGGCAGCAGAUCAUGGAGAACCGAGCCACGAAAAAGCUGGACCCAUUCAUGAUCUCCGGAAGCAAGGUCCUUGAGGGCGUUGGGACUUAUCUCGUCACUAGCGUUGGACCUUACUCUACAUAUGGCCGCAUCAUGCUCUCGCUUCAGGUAUCGAAUGAUCCGACGCCGCUUCAGGUCAAGCUCGGUCGCUUGGCUGAUUGGAUUGGGUAUUUGGGCUCCGGAGCUGCGAUUGUACUAUUCCUCGUCUUGCUAAUUCGCUUUCUUGUCGACCUCCCCAACAAUACGGGUUCAGCCGCUGUGAAAGGCGCAGAAUUUGUAGAUAUUCUUAUUGUGGCCGUAACAGUUAUCGUCGUCGCUAUUCCAGAGGGCCUUCCACUGGCCGUAACCCUUGCUCUUGCCUUCGCUACCACUCGCAUGGUCAAAGAGAAUAACUUGGUUCGCGUUCUCCGCGCUUGCGAGACCAUGGGAAAUGCUACAGUCAUUUGCUCCGAUAAAACAGGAACUUUGACCCAGAACAAAAUGACGGUCGUUGCGGGAACCUGGGGAGCUGACCAACGCUUCAGUCGACCCUCCGAGGUUCAAGCUGAAUCGAGCUCUCAAACAGUAUCGGAUGUUUUCAGGAAUUGCUCUGCUGCUGUCCGGGAUCUCAUCGUCAAAAGCGUUGCUCUCAAUUCCACCGCGUUCCAGGAAAACAAUGGAGCAAAGGAAUUCGUGGGAAGUAAGACCGAAGUGGCACUUCUUCAGCUCGCUCAAGAGCAUUUGGGCAUGGAUCUCGCCUCAGAGCGUGGGUCUGCUGAAAUCGUCCAGCUCAUCCCGUUCGAUUCUACCAGAAAAUGCAUGGGUGUCGUGUACCGUACUCCGAAAACGGGCUACCGACUGCUCGUGAAGGGUGCAUCUGAAUUGAUGGUCGGCGCCUGUACUGGAAAAAUCACAGAGAUCGACAACCAAAGUGAUAGCGUUCGCACUGCACCCUUGUACGAGAGCGACCGCGAUGCCAUUAUAGCGAUCAUUGAUGAGUACGCACAGGCAUCUCUCCGGACCAUUGGACUUGUCUACAAAGAUUUCGCCUCUUGGCCUCCAACCGCGACUCCGACGCUCGAGGAUGAUCCCUCUUCUGUUGUUUUUGACGAUAUCUUCUGCGACAUGACAUGGAUUGGCGUGGUUGGAAUUCAGGACCCCCUGCGCCCCGAAGUACCGCCUGCAAUCCGCCAAUGUCACUCUGCUGGCGUCCAAGUCAAGAUGGUCACGGGAGACAACAUCGCAACGGCCACUGCCAUUGCUUCCUCGUGCGGCAUCAAGACAGAAGACGGGCUCGUCAUGGAAGGCCCCAAGUUUCGACAGUUGUCAGACAAGGAAAUGGACGAAGUCAUUCCUCGUCUCCAGGUCCUGGCUCGUUCGUCGCCGGACGACAAGCGGAUCUUGGUUGAGCGACUGAAGGUUCUUGGGGAGACUGUUGCCGUGACGGGCGAUGGUACCAAUGACGGGCCUGCAUUGCGAACAGCCGACGUCGGCUUUUCCAUGGGCAUUGCUGGCACUGAAGUCGCAAAGGAAGCGAGCUCUAUCAUCUUGCUGGAUGAUAACUUCCGGUCGAUUGUGACGGCGAUUUCGUGGGGACGGGCAGUCAAUGAUGCAGUGGCCAAGUUCCUGCAGUUCCAGAUCACGGUGAACAUUACGGCGGUUGCUCUGACGUUCGUGUCGUCUGUGUACAGCAGCUCCAAUAGCAGUGUGCUCAGCGCGGUGCAGCUACUGUGGGUCAAUCUCAUCAUGGACACGUUUGCUGCCCUAGCCUUAGCGACUGAUGCACCGACCGAAAAGAUUCUUGAUCGAAAGCCUGUUCCCAAAAACGCCUCGCUCUUCACUUUAACAAUGUGGAAGAUGAUCCUUGGUCAGGCUUUGUAUCAGCUGGCUGUAACUUUUAUGCUCUACUUCGCAGGUGAUAAGCUGCUCAGCGCCCAUCUUGACAGUACGGACAUGGACGUUCGAGCGAAGCAACUUUCCACCGUCGUCUUCAACACCUUUGUGUGGAUGCAAAUAUUCAACGAGUUCAACAAUCGCCGCCUGGAUAACAAGCUGAACAUUUUCGAAGGCAUGUUCCGGAACUACUGGUUUCUCGGAAUCAACGCGAUUAUGGUAGGCGGACAAAUUAUGAUUAUCUUUGUUGGCGGCCAGGCCUUCAGCGUGACCAGAAUCAGUGGGAUUCUGUGGGCAGUCUGUUUGAUCUGUGCUCUAGGAUGUCUCCCCUGGGCUGUCCUCCUUCGCAUUCUGCCCGAUCGCUACUUCGGCCUUGUAUUCAACGCUGUUGUGGGCGGGGUGGCAUUUAUCCUGAACCCGGUAGUGAAAGGGUUGAAGGCCGUCGGUCAUGGAGUAAAGGCUCUUUUCCGACCGAUUGGUCGAUCUGUCCGACGGAUUCGCCCCCGGCGUACCUCCAAUACUGAGCAGUCAUUCGUCAAGGAGCUAUCGCAUGUCCCUGGGCAUGAUGAAGAGGCGCCAGCUCCGGUUUCAGUACCAGCUCCCCUCCCGACGAUACAAAUUCGCCAGGAGAGUCCCGAACGUCCACAGACACCUAUACUGGUAGUGCCUCCGAUUACAGUGACGGCGUCUCCCUAG